AUGAAGGCUCCAGUCCUCUUUAUUUUAUUUUUCUUUCUGGCCUCAUUGUCACCAGUAAAAUGUGCAAUGAAGGACACCUACAUUUGUUUCAUCAAGGGAGGCAAAUGUAGAAAUGUGUGCCCUUAUUCUGAAAAAUCAGUUGGUUUCUGCACAAAACUAAAUGCCAAUUGUUGCAUGUAG